AGGGCAUCGGCGGCCAUUUUCGACGCUGUCGGUGAGAUGAAAGGCUCACUAUAAACAUCCAAAGGUCCCUAACCUCAGUUUCAUCACACGAUAUAUAGCGACUGUUUCCGGGUAUUUGAUCAUCUGCUAUUGCAGCGAAAUGGGAAAUACAUCCGUUGUUGCGACAGGCGUCAAGAAUCAAGCGGACAAUGAUUCAAAACAACUUUAUCAGCUCGUCAACCUGAGAGGGGGCGGUGAACUUGUAGAGCUAAUGAAACGGGCAAGGUGGACGAAAAAUUACAAGGAAAUUGAUGAAAAACUUAAAAACGAAGUGAAGGGCUAUUUAUAUAACGAUGGCAAAGGAAAGAAAGUGCCCAUUGUUGAUCUUAUCAUGGCAAGAAAUAAAGACAGGCAGAAAAGCAAAAUCAAGGUUGGCAAGGAGAAGCAGAAAAAGGCGAAAGAAUUGGCGAUGAUAGACAUGAUUCUUCAAGAUGGAGAGAGCACGGGAACGUAUAUGCAACAUAAACCUCAAGAUGAAGGUCAUUCUCUAUUGGAGAACCCCCCUGCUGCUAUAGAGCGCAAGUAUCGCGAGGUGUGCUGGGAGCUUGACUCGCGGGGCCAGGUCGGGGAGACCAUCUUGCAUCUGUGUCUCCUCAACUCCUCGGCAAUCCAUGCUGACCUGGCCAAGCGUCUUCUCCGACUCUACCCUCAACUGCUUAACGACAUCUACAAUGGAGAGGAGUACUAUGGUGAGAACUGCCUCCACAUGGCUAUCACCAAUGAGGAUCCAGCUAUGGUCAAGUUCCUCCUGGACCUCGGUGCAGACUACCAUGGCCGCUGCUGUGGCAACUUCUUCUGCCCCGAUGACCAGAAGGACUCCCGGACGGACAGUCUUGACCAUGAGUGUGUGCAGGUCUGUGAGAAGACAAACUAUGAAGGCCAUGUAUAUUUGGGUGAGUACCCACUGAGUUUUGCUGCCUGCCUGGGUCAGGAGGAGUGUGUGCGGCUGCUGAUCGCAAAGGGCGCAGACCCAAACCUUCAGGACAACAAUGGCAACACCGUAAUGCACAUGUUGGUAAUUCAUGACAAGAAGACAGAUAAACACCAGGAUAUAAAGGUUCCGAUGCUGCUGGAAAUGUUUGACCUGCUUCAUGGUCUUGGUGCCAGGCUGGACAUUAAGAACCGACAAGGACUCACCCCUCUCACUCUGUCUUCAAAACUGUCCAGGAAAGAUAUGUAUGAGCACAUCCUGGAGAUAGAGCGCGAGGUGUUCUGGCUCUUUGGGAAUGUUACCUGUGCUGGGUACCCUCUGGAGGACAUUGACACCAUCUCGUCAACAGGGGAGAUCAACAAGGACUCCGCCCUCAAUCUCAUUGUAUACGGGGAAGAGGAGGGUCACCUGGACAUGAUGGAUGGUUUGGUGGUCAACCUACUGAAGGAGAAAUGGAAGACAUUUGCCAGAUUCAGAUUCUAUCGGCGAUUCCUCUGCUUUGGUCUUUAUUUCCUGACCUUUGUCGUGGCCUUUGCCCUCCGACCCGGCAAGGAUCUGUGUGCCUACGCCAACUCGACGACGACGCUGCAUGGCUGUAAGCCGAUGAACGAGAACAGGACGAUGAACCCGUGCUACCUUUUGCAACCAUACAGGACCAAUGACAUUGUGCGGCUUGUCUUGGAGUCGAUGGUAUUGAUUGGCGCCAUGGUCUACAUAUUCCUGGCAAUGAAGGAGAUCUACCACCAGGGCUUUCGUAUCUUCUUCACCACACUGCGUGGUGCACCGGCCAAGGCGUUAUUUCUGUGCUCCUGCAUCUUCGUGCUGAUGAUGUUGCCAGGUCGAGCAUUCUGUUUCCACGAGUACGAAGACAUCAUGGGUGUCCUUGCCAUCCUCUGCACAGCGCCAUACUCGCUGUUCUUCUGCAGAGGUUUCCGUAUUGUUGGCCCGUUUGUAGUGAUGAUCUACAAGAUGAUCAAAGGGGACCUGCUGAGAUUCUUCAUCAUUUAUGCUGUCUUCGUCAUCGGCUUCUCGCAAGCUAUUUAUGUCCCUUUCCGCAACAAGUCCAGUGUGUUUGCCAGUCCCAUAGAAGCAAUCUUUGGUAUGUUUGCCAUGUCCGUCGGUGACUUCGAAGACUUGUAUGAAGACUUUGAAGUUAAGCUCCAAACUCCCUUUAAAGAACUGGCCGGAAUUCUGUUCAUGGCCUAUAUGAUCAUGGUGACGCUGCUGCUGGUGAACAUGCUGAUCGCCAUGAUGGGCAACACAUACCAGGUCAUCAGUGAAACUCAGAAGGAGUGGUUCAGACAGUGGGCCAAGAUCGUCCUGGUGGUGGAGCAGAGCGUGACAACAGAUGAGAGACGCCUGCAGCAGUUCAAGUACUCCCAGCCAAUGGCAGAUGGGCGCCGGGCUCUGGUCAUCAGGUGGCACCAGUCGGAGAAGGAGAAGGAGGAGCUGAAGCGGCUACGUGAACUACACAAGCAGCAGCAGGAGAAACUUCGCCAACAGAAGCGGCGGCUCAGCAUCAAGAAGCGGAACACCCCCAGUACACUGAUAUACCAGGAAGUCAACGAGGGCACUUACAACUUGUGAACUGACAAAUCAGAUUACAGCUAGUGUUUGAGCUGUUCAGUAAGAUUAUUGCAGAAGUUUGAAAAAAUCUUUGCAAAAAUCUUUAUAUUCCCAAUUGAUUUGCAGACAAAAGUUGGUCUUCUUACAGUGCAUCAAAUCCAAAUAUUAUUCCUAUCAAUAAUUGUUGACAAAUAAGAUAUGUUGAAAAUGUUAAUAAUAAUAUUUCUCUUAGAAGGAAAUAUUCAAACCGAAACAUAUUAAGUUCUGAAGAAAGGUUGUCAAAUAUACAAUUAAGUAGAAUCAGUGUACACUGAGUGAUUCCUCCUAUCACAAAACUAAACUCAUUAGCCAACAAAUAUUCUGUCAUAUGAUGGUUGUUUUAAUUCUGCCACAUUUCAUCAACAAACCAUCAGAAUCUGCACUUCCCAAAAUAUGUCACAUCAGCAAUUCCUGUAACACACAAAUUGGGAUGCAGAUAAUAGUGAGGGGCUGCAUGUUGCUUGGAGAUAUGUUGUCACACAAGUAGUAUUCACUAAUGCCAUAAAUAUUGCCAUAAAUAAUGCAAUAAAUAUUGCCAGCUUCGUUUCAAUUGCCUCUUGUCAAUGCAAUCUACUUGGCUGAGUUACUUCGAAUUGCUGUUGCUUGGACUCAAGCUUAGUCCCUGUACUCAGUAAAUCAGGAGCUAGGAAUUUAAAUCAUUGCUUCAUUGUUUAAGAAAAAAUAUUCCUGUUUGGGCUUAUGGGUUUGAGCAUUAACUGUGGUCAUGUUACUCAUGUUUUCAAGCAACACCUACUGAUACUGAACAUAAUCAUGAUAAUUCAAGUGCUCUUUUAGGCUUAAAAAAAAUAAUGGAAUUGGUUCUCAGGCAAUGGCUUUUGAAAUUAUUGCACGAGUGGGUGGUGUUUUUUUAAUAUUUUUGGGUUGUUCAAGUAUGUAACCAAAUUUUGUUAAUAAUUUCGGGGAAAUCAUUGUGUUCUUAAGUAUUGUAGCAUUUAACUGCUGGGGUCGUGUGUUUCAGACAUGGAAUGUUUAAAGAUCUUUUUUGUUUUGAAAAUUGAAAUAAAAAAGAAACGUGCGACAGACUUUUUGAUGAUGCGGGAGGUGCCUGAGAACCAAGACUAUUAUGUUUUUAGCCUUAUGUUUUUAAUAUUAAUAUAAUCAUUUUUGUUGCAAAAUAAUAUUUGAAUUAUUUGUUUAUGAUUGUUAAAUUUCAUAUCUUACUGCUGAUAUACACAUUCCAUCCAUUUGAUAAUAUUUUUGUAUUUACCAUUUAUUGUAUAUACAUGUUUAUGUUUUCGAGAUAGAAUCAAAAGUGUGAACAGACUAGUCCUACAUAGCAGCUCGCUCGGUGUGGAUGAAUCAGAUCGUCCAAAUGUUAGUAUGUCGUAAGAAAUUUAGAUUGACAAUUGUUUACAUUUUGUGAACUAAAGUUUUAAAGAAAAAUAUCAAAUCUUGGACAUAUGGACAUUAUUUUUGUCAUUUUUAAUCAAAGUGGGGUUUUGUCUGCGUAAGGAUGGGGGUAGGUGGUGUGGUGCCCUGAGGUCAUGAGCCAGCCAGCACUCUAUGACCUUCCAUUUCUAGUGAACAAGUUAUUUUGGGGUAAAAUCUGGGAACAAUAUUUUUACAGAAUUUUACAAAAAUCCAUCCACAACCCCAUUGCUAGUUUUUGUCACAAGUGAUUUCUUCACUUCAGAGUGUAAACCACCAUAUGUUGUCACUGUCUCCUUCAAGGGAUACAAUAUUACAUUAUAGGAAUACAAUGCUACAUUCAAGUGGUACAUUACUACAUCCUCAGAGUACAAUCUUACUUUCUAGGGGUAAAAUAUUACAUUCUAAGAGAACAGUGUUAUAUCCUAGGGAUACAAUAUUACAUUCUAGGGGUACACUGUUUGCAUUCUAGGAGUGCAAUAUUUCAUUCUAAGAGUACAAUAUUUCAUUCUGGAUAACUAGAUAUAAUAUUUUUCUCCUAAAAUGUAAUAUCCCUAGAAUGUAAUGUUGUACUCCUAGAAUGAAAAUUUUGCCCCCUAGAAUGUACUAUUGUUUUCCUAGAACAUAACAUUACAUGGUACAUUAUUACAUUCUAGGAGUACAAUAUUACAUUCUAGGAGUACAAUAUUAUUUUCUAGGAGUACAAUAUUACUUUCUAGAAGAACAGUAGUACAUUCCAGGAAUACAAUAACACAUUCUAACUGGGGGUGCACUAUUACAUUCUAGGAGUACAAUAUUACAUUUUAGGAGUUUAAUAUUACAUUCUAUGAGUACAAUAUAACUUUCUAGAAGAACAGUAGUACAUUCCAGGAAUACAAGAACACAUUCUAACUGGGGGUGCAAUAUUACAUUAUACAGUAUUACCAUCAUUACAUUCUAGGAGUACAACACAACGUAUUUAUGUUCUCCAAGCAUGUCAAAAUCCAGGGUAGCUAUUGUUGAUAAUUACAAUACAUUCAUUGACCUUAUUUUUGUUAUGAUAAUGGACUGUGCCUUUAUUUUUUAGAUUGUGUUAAAAUACAGUGACUCCACUGACAACAUGAAUUUGUCAUAUCUACAUGAAUGUGGCCAUUAAAUUGUUGUAAUCCUAGAAAGUAUUUAUGCCAUAACUGUCACACUUGUUCAUUUGCUUAGUUGAAAACUAGGGUACUGUAUACUCUGUGUAAAAGGCAUUAUCAUUUUAUGCAUUAUUUUCAUACUUUACUCUUUUUUGUUUUAAAUUGACAUUUUUACACACGUUACAUGUCAUUAGUUGUGAUAAUUUACAUAUAAUCAACAUUUGCCAUGCUGCUGCCGUAUAUUCAUUUUCAAAACAAAAAUUACAUUUAAAUAGUAAAAUAACAUGUUUGUUAUUUUGUUUUACGAUGUAAAAUUUAAAAAGAGAAAAUAUUGUUUCUUAAGUUAUUAUUGAAAUAGAUAUUUGAUUUAUGUUUUGAUUGUUUUUCGUAUUUUAGAGAAUUGUUUUGUGGCUUUGAAGGGAGCCGGUAAUUGAGAAUCAAUAGUUAUGUGACAUUAUAUGUAAAAUGAAAAGACAAAUAAACCUGCUUCAUCAGUA